AUGUUGCACAAGCUCCAGGAUGAGCCAGCAUCGCCCUUCAAAGGGCGUAAACUCGAGAUCACCGUCUACGAAGGACGUAGCGAUCCACGAAAGGCUGCAACGACCCAGUCUCGGGCGAGAAGCAUCAACCUCGCUCUCUCCAACCGAGGCAUACAAGCCAUGCGAGACGUGUCGUCAGCAAUGGCCGAUCGGUUGCUAUCACAGGCGCUGCCCAUGAAAGGACGCAUGAUCCAUACUUCCUCGGGAGAGCAGCAGUCCCAAGAGUACAGUCUCAAGGGCGAAUGCAUCAAUUCGAUCGAUAGAGCGCUCCUCAAUGCACAACUGCUCGACGAGAUAGAUCAGCUCGACGGCAUCACCCUCAAAUUUGACAGCAAGCUGACUAGCAUCGACUUUGACAAGGGCACGCUCGUCGUGCGCUCAGUCGGUCGCAAAGAAGAGACUGUCUCCUUCGAUACCAUCAUUGGCGCAGAUGGGAGCUUCAGCAAAGUGCGCUCAGAGAUGAUGCGCGUCGUCAGAAUGGACUUUCGACAGUCGUACAUACCACAUGGCUACCUCGAGCUAUCCAUGCCGAGCUCGCCAAAGGGCGAUUUCCUGCUAGACCAUCAGCAUCUCCACAUAUGGCCGCGGCACGACUUUAUGCUCAUCGCCCUCCCCAAUGCAGACAAAUCGUUCACAUGCACGCUCUUUGCCCCGUUCGCGACGCUGGACACUCUUAUCGAGUCAACAAAGAUCUCACGAUGGUUUAAAGAGCAGUUUCCCGACGCGCUGCCGCUCAUCGGUGAAGAGGAAGUCUUGCGCUGCUUCCGAGAUCAUCCGCGCAGUCCGCUCAUCAGCACGAGCUGUCAUCCCUAUCACUACGAAAGCAAAGGGAUCGUGCUCGGCGAUGCAUCCCAUUCGAUGGUGCCCUUCUACGGUCAAGGCAUGAACUGCGGAUUCGAAGAUGUCAGAGUUCUGCGUCAUCUCCUACUUGACGCCUCUACGUCAAGCCAGAGCACCAAGCUCGAGGACCUUCUGCAAAGCGCAUUCGAUAGCUACAGCAGACAGCGCCUGGCGAGUCUGGAAGCCAUCCAGCGAUUGGCGACCAACAACUACGUCGAGAUGCGAUCCAAAGUCAUUUCGCCGACCUAUCUCAUCCGCAAACGACUCGAUGGCAUCCUCGAGCGCGUUCUGGGCGAGACGCGAUGGACGAGUCUCUACAAUAUGGUGACAUUCCGCUGGGAAAUCAACUAUGAAGAGGCCGAGCGCAGGGAAGCAAGACAGCACCGCAUCAUUGAGCGUGCACUCAGUGUCUCCGUCCUUCGACAGCCCUCUCAUCGGCUCACUGAUCUUCACGUUCACGGCGACGGCAAGAUGCGACGCAACGAGCCGCUCGAGCCAGGGCCGUCUCGAGCAGCGCCAGUAGACUUUGAGAUGGCAGAGCGAGUCGGAGAUGCACACUUGCCCCAAGCAGUCGCUCUCUCGGGCUCUACACUGCCCUCUAUGCCUCCUGCAACGGCAACAGCGCCCGUGGACAGCCGUAGCAUCACCUGGCAAGACGAUCGCUCGACUUACAGGAGAAAUCUCGAGGCAAGAGCCGUGACAGAUCCUUUGCGCUCGCCGGGCAUGCUCUCACCACGCUUUAGAGGCUCACCCUUUGGCAUCUCGACGCCUUCGCCCAUCUGGCGGCCGCACGGACGAAACCGUACUCCAAACAAGUCACAGAGCUCAGGUAGCGCUGCAGCAAUGCCCAACGAUGACAUACAGCUGCGAGACAUGCCUCAGCAGUCGCUAGUAGGCGCUAAGUCAAUCGAUGCGAUGGCAAGCCUGCCCGACACCUUUGAGGAAGAUGAAGAAAGCGAUAUCGAAGUCGGACUCGGCAUGGAAGAUUUCCUCGGACCGCCCGCGCUUGACUUGCCCGAUCCAGUCAAUGCAAACCCCGAGCUACGUGCUAGGAGGAAAGAGCGCAAACGUGCCCAAUCGAUGGCGCAAAGGCAGGCCGACAAGUUAGUUGGUCGAAGCGUUGGCUCGCGCCUCAGACAUGCCACGCGUCGACGUCGGGGCUCGUCCGGCUCAUCAGAGUCAUCGGGAGAUGUAUCUGAUCUGAGUGACGCCGCCAAGACACCCAUGGCUGCCCGUCGACGGCCAUCGCAUGCGAGCCUUGCAGAACGCUCGCGACGACGGUCGAGGCGGCCAAGUGUAUCCUCUGCUUCUGUCGCUUCCUCAAACGUCACUUCUAGAUCGUCUAUCUCCUGGCCAGACUGGCGCUUUUGGCGGUCUGGCUCCUCCACAACUGGCUCCUCGAGUACGUCCAAUGACGCAGACUCCACCCGCUCGGGCAAGAGCCGGGCCGCUUCCUGGAGUCCACCAGAACCCGAGUAUACCCUGACCAUACCAAGACUGGCACAGCAACGAGCUGGCCUUACAAAUAUACCCCUGCCGCAUCUGGCGUUUGAUCCUCUCUCAAGCUCGUCCUCGCCCGAUUAUGCUGCAAAGCUAGGUGCGACAGCCCCUCCUUGCUUCGACACGUCCACUUCUGUCACUCUGGACCAUGCUCUCACACGACUUGCCGGCUUCUGGCAGCAACGAGAUCAGGAGGAUGCAAUCGGCGGUGACCUAGGAGCGCAAGCCGGGGAUGAGCCUGUACCGGAGCAGACAAAAGGUCAAAGAAGGCAACGACAAACCAACAGCGGCGCAAUGGCGUGGUGGCUCGACAUCCUCUGCCCAUCCUCAGCUGACAUCAGGCAGCUGCGGAAGAUUCUGCCGCUGCACCCUUUGACGAUCGAAGACAUUUUACAGCAAGAGCCCCGCGAGAAGCUUGAAGUGUUUGAGCGCUUAGGCUACUAUCUCGUCGUCUUUCGAGCGCUCGACGAAACCUACUUCCGCUACAGCGACCUCGCCGACAGCGACGACGAAGCGUCUGACGAUGGCAAGCAAUCCAUUUCCGACGAUGCCACGAUGGACAAUGCAGACGCGAGAAUGCGCGAGAAGGCUAGCAUACUCACCGGCAAUGCUCAGCCAAAGGUGACGGGCAAGACGAUCAAAGGUCGUGGCCGCAUCGACAUCGUUGAGGGUGUUGGUGGAAAAGAGGGUGUUGAGGGUGUCAGCGUGGGAGGAGUCAACUUCUACAUGGUCGUGUUUGCAGAUGGCAUCCUCUCGUUUCAUUUCGAGCAUUUGCACAAACACACACAGCGUGUACAAGAACGGAUACAGCUGCAUGGCGCAACACAGCACAUCACCUCGCAUUGGAUUGCUUACGGCUUGAUGGAUUCGAUCGUAGAUGCGUUCUUUCCGCUGAUCGAUUUCAUCGAGCACGAGUCUGACGAGAUUGACGGCUUUCUCGCGGAUCCAAUCACGAAAGCGCAACAAGCCUACGCACCAAAAGGCGCUUAUCUCGAGUUUUGGAACGAUGGCAAAAUACGCAGCAUCUCCUCGCGUCCCUCUGGCGAGCUCGUUGUCAGGCGCGCAGAGAACGCGUAUCGAUUGUUUUUUAUGCCCAUCGGCAGCAUACCAGACGUUCUCGCUGCCCGAAUCCCCAUGCGUUAUCUCGAAUACACCACUCGGACGGUCAAGUACAUCGUGCCUGCUGAUGCUGACGGUACUCCUCAGAUCUCGAAACGGCAGCUGUGGGCCUUUUGGCCCUUGUCGUGGAUGCUUGGCAGGAAGCAGAUUCGCAAGUCCAAAGCAGUCAAACAGCAGUAUUCAUCGAUGUUCGAUCAGACGGCGAUGCUGCGAAGAAUGACGGAUGCCCGCAAGAUCGUGACUGGCUUGGCUCGACUGCUGUCGACGAAGCGAGAAGUCGUACGCGGUUUGAGACGCAAGGUCAACGAGGCGCGUUUGCUACUUGCUUUGCAGCACUACACCGGCCCAGAUCUCGCGAUCUAUCUUGGCGAUCUCCAAGAUCAUGUCGCCUCCAUGAGCCAAUCGCUGCGCUUCUACGAUGCCAUUCUUUCGCAUGGCCAUCCUGCCUAUCUAGGCACGCUGCGCAUCACACUCGAGGAAACUCACGUGAGGCAAUCGUACAUGAUCGCCCGUCUGUCCGUCGUUGGUCUGACAGUCAUCCCUUGCAAUAUCGUGACUGGCAUCUUCUCUGAAAACAUUUUGACACCACGCAACGGAGAUCGCGAUCAUGUCAUCGAGUACGACAGUGCUGGCAAUCCACUCAAAUACGGAGGCUAUACUUGGUUCGGCUGGGCUAUCUUGAUCCUGAUAGGUAUGACUCUGGCGGUCUGGUAUCUCAUAUAUCGCCUCUUCCGAACCGCUCGAGAUGCGCGCGUCAAGAGACUUUUGCUGGCAGAGCAGCGCCAUGAAGCACACAUGCAGAGCCUUGUUGGAUGA